AUGCGUUGGAGUGAGUAGGAGCAUGUCGGAGCAUGGCGACGCGAACAAACCAUAUAUGUUUUUGCUUUAUGAGUAUUUGAAUAGUAAACGUUAACGUUUCUCUUAAUUUGAAAAAGUAAAGAGUAUUGUCUUUCAAAUUUCCUCAAAUUAAUUUGACUAUGUCAGAAAUUAAAGAUGAUCCACGACAAGUUCUCGUUCUUCUGAAUUCACUAGGAUUUGUCGGCAUAACUGCGAUUCAACUAAAAGGAUUUAUGAAAGAUUUAAAGAUAUACAGAAAGGUAAAAGAACGGGAAAAACAACAACGGAAAGAAGAGAUUAAAACGAAAAUAAUUGGCAAACAACAGACCCUGUUCAAGGAAGAUUAUAAAGAACAUGUUAAUAUAGAUUAUCCUUCGAGUAAUAUUAUUCAUUCUGAAUCUUCAAAUUCCCUUGAUAAUGAGUCAGUAGUAAAAGUUAAAAUAAGAUAUAUUCCUAAAGAGGAGGAUGUACAAAAACAAAAAUGUUCAAAAGCAGCUAUGAUAAAAUCAAAUGAAAAAUUAUCAAAAUAUAACAAGGAAAAUGUUAUUCAAGAAGCUGAAUCUGUUGGAGUUUGUUUUGAACAAAAUUAUUCAAAUAAAUUUUAUCCAGUUAUUAAAGGCUUAGAAAGUGAAAGCAAACAAAAUAUUUCUAAAUAUUUAAUAAAAAAUAGCUGUUUAGUAGAAAGAUGUAAGCAGAAUUUAAUAAUAGAGGAACAGAUAAAACCAAUGACUCUAAAAGAGGAACAUCUAGUAAAUGUGCCUGUUUCUUUGAGUCAUGCAAGUCAAUUGGAAUUAAAGAGAUCCAAAUUAAAUUCAAUUGGAAACAUACGCACACGAAGUACAUUAUCUGCAAGAUCAUCUGUUAAUUCUGGACACAAAUCAUUUAUUCGGCCAUGGAGAUUACAAUCAGAGGUACAGAAAACUGCUAACAAGAAAUGUGAUCCUGUUGCUCUUUACCAAAAGUAUCAACAAGAAUGGAAACAGAUAUCUUUUCCUGGAGAAGCAAAGCACUUAAAAGUGAGAUGGGCUGUGCGAGAAAAAAUGCUUGGUACAGAUCCACAUCCCAUGCCACUUUCUAAGAAGGCAACACAUAUGUCAAUAUUAAAGAGGAAAUGAUGCGUAUGAUGUGAGCAAGUUGUUUUAGCAAAAGGAAAUAUACAUAGCUAUAGAAAAUUAAUUUGGUAAAUAAUAAUAUGACAAUAAUUAAACUAUUUUACUUUAUUAAAUAUAUUUAAGAUUUAAUUUGAAUAUAAUGAAAUGAUACAGAUAAAAUAUGUACAUACACAAAGCAAUGUAAUCUGUAUAUAAACAGUAAAUUUUUAAUGACA